AUGCAGAUGGAAAAUAAUGAUCAGUCUAACAACUUUAUGAAUUUUUUACUGCGAAUUGGUGAUGGUAGUGAAUCAGCUAUUAAUAGUGAUAUGAUUAAAAUUCCUGAUCAGAUGAUAAUACUAUGGCUAAAUGAGCAAGAUUCAUUACAGAAUCUUAUUGAUGCAAUUUCAACAACUAAGAAUGAGUACAUUGAUUACUUGAAUAAAAAAAUCAUCGAGCAAUUUCCUAGAACUUCCAAACCAUUUUAUGCUUAUGAUUCAGUACUUAAUGAUAUGAAUAAUAUCUAUCAGACCAAAUUUCUUAACUCUCUAACACCUAAUGGUCUACCACCUUAUGAAUUAAUGCUUAAAGUUGGUGACCCCAUUAUAUGUUUAUGCAAUUUAGAUUCAAAAAUAGGCUAUACAAUGGGACAAGAUUAA